UUAAUUCAUUUGUUUCAAUUUCACACAGAUUUCUGGUUUCUGUAUCCACUCGAAUUCAUCUCAGUUGUGAUGCAUCAAACAACCUGCAAUGAAUUUGAAGCAAAAGACUACAGCUUUUUCUCCACAUCUUCAGUUUCUUCUUAAACACAGUUAACUUUCUUAGUACCCAUCACACAGCUUUGCAGUUUCUCUUCUUGCAGUUGGAGCACAGAAGUGCAGUGUGAUUAGGAAAGAACAUAAUAUUUUGUUGUGGACUCUAUAUAUAUUGUUUUGAUAAAUUUUAACAGAGGACUUGUUCUUAAGCCUUUAAAUGCUGCUUUCAGGAAACUGUUAAAAUGAUCAUUUAUUCAAAGAAAGGAACUACUUUCUGCCAGUGUCUAAAUCACAGAUAAGCCUACUAUCCCUUGUUUGCUUAUUGUCUUUUUUGUAGCUAUGGCAGCUGCUACAAUAGUUCAUGACACAUCAGAAGCAGUGGAGCUUUGUGCUCCUUAUGGGCUAUACCUUAAGCCCAUUACAAAAAUGACUAUCAGUGUGGCACUUCCUCAGUUAAAGCAGCCUGGGAAGUCUAUUUCAAACUGGGAAGUGAUGGAAAGGCUGAAAGGAAUGGUGCAAACACAUCAGUUCUCAACCUUGCGAAUAUCUAAAAGCACCAUGGAUUUCAUCCGCUUUGAAGGAGAGGUAGAAAAUAAGAGUCUGGUUAAAUCCUUCCUUGCAUGCCUGGAUGGCAAAACUAUAAAACUUAGUGGCUUUUCAGACAUUUUAAAAGUCCGCGCUGCAGAAUACAAAAUUGACUUUCCUACUCGACAUGACUGGGACUCCUUUUUUCGUGAUGCAAAAGAUAUGAAUGAAACUCUGCCAGGGGAAAGGCCAGACACUAUUCAUCUGGAGGGCUUGCCUUGUAAAUGGUUUGCGCUGAAAGACUCUGGCUCAGAAAAACCAAGUGAAGAAGUUCUUAUUAAAGUGUUUAGUAAAUUUGGGGAAAUACGGAAUGUGGACAUACCCAUGUUGGACCCGUAUAGGGAAGAAAUGACCGGCAGAAACUUUCAUACGUUCAGUUUUGGAGGCCAUUUGAAUUUUGAAGCUUAUGUUCAGUAUGAGGAAUAUGCAGGUUUCAUCAAGGCUAUGAACGCUUUGCGAGGGAUGAAGCUGAUGUACAAAGGUGAAGAUGGCAAAGCAGUGGCUUGUAACUUAAAGGUUUCAUUUGAUUCAACAAAACACCUGAGUGAUUCUUCAAUUAAGAAACGUCAGCUUGAAAGGCAGAAGCUCCAAGAGCUUGAAAAACAGAGAGAAGAACAAAAACGUAAAGAAAAAGAAGCAGAGGAAAGACAAAAAGAGGAGGAAAGGAAACAGAAGGAACUUGAGGAAUUGGAGAGAGAGAGAAAGAGAGAAGAGAAAUUGCGCAAAAGAGAGCAGAAACAAAAGGAUCGUGAAAUUCGUAGAAACAAAAAGCGGCUUGAAAAAAUACAAGCUGAAGAGCAAAAAAAACUACAAGAGAAAAUAAAGCUUGAGGAGAGGAAGCUUCUCUUAGCUCAGAGAAACCUUCAGUCUAUUCGAUUAAUUGCUGAACUGCUGAGCAGAGGGAAGGCAAUAAAGCUUAUGGAACAGGAGCACAACGAGGAAAAAAUCCGCCUUCAGCACUUGGAAGAAAGGAGGAGGCUGCAAGAAGCUGAACUCCGACGGGUAGAGGAAGAAAAAGAGAGAGCGCUUGGACUGCAGAGAAAAGAAAGAGAGUUGAGGGAGAAACUGUUGAGCAACCUCAUGAAUAAGAAAGUAGAAGAAACCCAUCUGAAGAAGAGUGAAGCUAAUGCACUGCAGUCUGUGCCUUUGAAAGCUCUGGUGGGUGUUCCCCAUUGCGUGGCAUCUACUUCCAUGCAGUCCCCUUUAGCCAAACCGAUGCAGCUCUGUCCUAGCGGCACAAAGGCUAAUGAAAGUGCGAGCAGUCAGCCAAAGUACUUGAAUGGAAGCCUGCAUGAGGAUGUUCUCAUCAAAGACACUAAGAUUAAUGUCAGUAACAGGGACACCGUUUCCGAUGAAAGUAGUUCAGGUGUCCUUUCAUGCAUUCCUACAAAUCAGCAACACAAGACCACCCCAGACCGUGAGCAGAACACCUGCAAGAAAGACUUGCUGUCUGAGCAAGGCAAAUGCAACAGGGAGCCGAGCAAGGGGAAGACUCGCUCGUGCAGAGACGUGGGCAACCAUCCUAGCAAGGAGAAGACUGAAAAAAGCAGGCACAGAAGAGACUUAAGUAGCGAUGAUGAAAAAUGUAGAAAAGAAAGGCGCCUCCAUAAGAAAUACUCGGCGAAAGGGAGCAGUCCUGGCCUGAGGAGCUUAAGUCGGGAAUAUGCACGGCACAGGCGAUCCUUAAGCAGGGACAGGAAGGAAGAUAAAAGAGGACGCAGUCAUGGCCACAAGAGCACAAGCAAGAAACAAAAGCACCGGAAGAGAUCUUUGAGCAACCAAAGAAGCACUUGGAGUAGGUAAUGAAGGACUUGGCCUUUUGUAAGGGCUAUCUCAGAAAGGACUGUAGUGGAGCUCUCGUUAUUCAGUCCAGGGAGGAAAAGAAAACUGAUUGGGACUUCUUCUUUUUUACUUGAAUUUAGUUUAUGGAGUCCAAUACAUACAGCUGCGCUUUUCAGAAAUAUUUUGGGGGGCUUCUUUUAUCUGUCAGCGAUGUGUUGGCUUUCUACAGUGCUAUGAAUUCUGAUCAUUCUUGCUCACGCUUUUGGUGUGAUAACCAGCCUAAUUAGGCAUUCAGCAUCUCACAUUAUUUUCAAAAUUAUUGGGUCCUUUUUCAUUUCUAAUGAUUGCAGCCACAGCAAUCUUUUGUUUAGAGACUGGCAUGUGUAUGUUUCUAAAAGGAAAUGUAAACUUGACACAUUGACCUACUUGAUUCACAGGGAAUAAGUAGUUCCAUCCAGGAAGUUCCAUCCAGGAUUUUUUGCUAUCUUAAUUGGUGCUAGAUGCAACCAUAUUUUUUUAUACACUGCUGUGAUGCCUUCUUUGCUAUUAUGACAAUUGCAAACUUGAUAGAUUGUUACAGGGCCCGAAUAGACAUUGUGUUUGCUACUUUACACAUUUCGUUCCAUUUUGAAGGAAAUAUGCCAGGGUUUUGGAGCCUUUGGAAAGCAGAUACACAGGCUGCUGUAGUUUUAGUAUUCACAUUUGACCUUUUCUUUGUUCAAACCAUUUGGUUGAAAUAGUCUUCUACAUGCAAUUUCACAGAUGUCUAUUUUGAAAGAGGGGCCUUCCUGCUAAAUUAUUUUUAUGUGCUACGUUCAGGUUCAGAGUUGUACUUUCUCUUAAGUAACUUUUUAAAUAAUAUCUUUGCUUCUGAAAAUGAAGCUCGGGAAUUUCCCCAAAAUAUUAACGUUGCAGUGCAAAACCAGCUUUUUACCAUCUAAUGGUAAAACCACAGAAGCCAUUGCCAGUGAACCCAAAUUACUGUUUCGUAUUUCGGUACAUUAAAAGAUAUAUACACCAUUAAA